AUGGAAUUAUUAAAUAAAGUAAGUGAAAAUGAUCCUGUAUUCUGUCCAAAUGGUUGUGGUCAUUCAUAUGUGGGCAUGCACCGCAAACACAGUCUCAAAAAGCAUUUGGUUUAUGCAUGCGGAAAAAAUCCACAAUUUCAUUUUAAGUACUCGAAUCAAUCUUUGGAAAAAUAUCAAAUGUUUUGUCCAAAUGGUUGUGGCCGAUCAUAUAUUGGGAAAAACAGCAAAUACAAUCUCAAACAGCAUUUGGUUUAUAUGUGUGGUGUUAAUCCACAAUUUUGCUUUAAAUACAUGGAUGAAACUGUUGAAAAAUAUCGAAUAUUUUGCCCAAAUGGUUGUGGAAGAUCAUAUAUUGAGAAUGCCAUGAUGGAAUUAUUAAAUAAAGUAAGUGAGAAUGAUCCUGUGUUCUGUCCAAAUGGUUGUGGACAUUCGUAUAUUGAGAGUCAUAUGAAAGAGUUUUUAAACAUGGCUAGUCGUAGUGACCCAGCAUUCUGCCCAAACGGCUGCGGUCGUUCAUAUAAAGGCACAGAACGGAAGUCCAAUCUAAAAAGACAUUUAAAAUAUUCAUGUGGGAUGUACCCAACAUUGAAAUGUAUUGUGUGCCAAAAUCCAUUCAAGCAUAAUCAUACAUUGCAGUAA